AGCAAGCUCGGCUGCCUGGUCAGCGGGCGGACUCUCGCAGCUCGGGUUCGCGUCGCGCCUGCCCGGUUCCGCAGUCUCUCGGUCGCCAAAGUUCGGGGCCGUUGACUGCGAGGUUAGCCGGCACUGGGUGUUGGCCAGGAAGAGACGGAUGGCCAGUGUUACGUCAUCUAGCAUUUCUGCGCCCACUCCACGGGGUCCCCAUCCGAUCGGCAGCUGUUCCCCGGGAUACGCGGCACCGAGUCUUUAAUCGCAUUGGACUCCUCGGGCCGCCUGGGCGGGGCGGAGGCGAGGAAGAGAGGCUGCCCUUGGGGAUUUUGGCGGGAUGUUGUGGGCAGCCCUCUCUCCGGCCGCCGUAGCGGCGGCCGGGCUUCACCUCUCCGACCGGCGACCGCCAGUGCCCAUGUCCCUGCUGCGAGGAUUGGGAGCGUGAGCUUGCGGGCCCGUCCGCGGGCCUGGAGGGCACGCACGCCGGGGACGCGGCGGUGUCGGCUCGCGGCCGGCUUCAGACAGACGAAGUCCUAGUUGUGCGGGAACCGGUACCUUUGAACGCACAGGCUGUACCUUGUUUUGCGAACUCUGUGGGCGUGUAGGGGCAGGGCAAUGGACUGGGUGAUGUCUCCCAGUUCAUGGUGGUCGUCUCAUUUACGUAGCAGCCGGCUGCACGAAGGCCCCCUACCGAGGCAGACCUCGCGAGCAGCCUGUGGUCGGAAAGCCUCGGCCUUUGCUCAUGGAGCUUGGGCUGAGCGCGGGUGCCGGGCCGCCGGCCGCUGGUUCCCUUGAACGCAUCGCCCACUGGUCUGACAUCCCCCGCCAAACAGGAGAGGCCUGAUUCGAUUUAUUUCACAGGACACUUACACGUGGGUCUCACUGUCCUUCUACUUUGCAGUUAACAAAUUUACAAUCCCGGCUAAGCCAGAAGAGCCAACGCGGGAUUUUGCCGACCGAACCCCUGGGCUUCCCGCCGAGAAGGCUGCCCAAACUCUGCGAGGCCUCAGCGUCGCGGCUCUGCGUGCCUGACUCUCGUCGUGGACGCGUUCCCGCGCUUUCUGGCGUGAGGGUCAGAGGGCGCGCCGCCGCGCAGGCGCACGGAGCCGAGGCUGCGGCGGCCAUGGGGGAGGCGGGCGGCGUUGAGGAGAUCUGCCGGCCUAUGGGAACUAAAGAAGAAUUUGUUAAAGUCAGAAAGAAGGACCUGGAACGACUGACAACUGAAGUGAUGCAAAUACGGGACUUCUUACCCAGAAUACUAAACGGGGAAGUGCUGGAAAGCUUCCAGAAAUUAAAGAUUGUAGAAAAAAACCUGGAAAGGAAAGAGCAAGAGUUAGAGCAACUGAGAAUGGAUUGUGAGCACUUCAGAGCGCGCCUGGAGUCUGUGCAAGAGGACUGUGUGAGAGAGAAGAAGGAGAAACUGGCUCUUCGACAGCAGCUGAAUGAAGCAAAGCAGCAACUCCUGCAGCAGGCAGAGUACUGUACAGAAAUGGGUGCAGCAGCCUGUACCAUUUUGUGGGGUGUCUCCAGCAGUGAGGAAGCGGUCAAAGCCAUUCUGGGAGGAGAUAAAGCUUUGAAGUUUUUCAACAUCACUGGUCAAACAAUGGAGAGUUUUGUGAAGUCACUGGAUGGGGAUGUCAAGGAGCUGGAUUCUGAUGAAAAUCAGUUUGUUUUUGCUUUGGCUGGAAUCGUAACAAAUGUAGCUGCCAUAGCAAGUGGUCGUGAAUUUCUGGUUAACUCAAGUCGGGUGCUCUUGGACACCAUACUGCAGCUCCUGGGAGACUUGAAGCCGGGACAGUGCACCAAACUCAAAGUAUUAAUGCUGAUGUCCCUGUACAACGUGAGCAUCAAUUCGAAAGGCUUGAAGUACAUCAGUGAGAGUCCAGGGUUCAUCCCUUUGCUGUGGUGGCUUCUGAGCGGCCUUCAGUGAAUUGUUGAUGCCACCCACACUGGUGAGAGUGACCUUCUUUACUUGGUCUGUGGAUUCAAAUGCUGAUUUCUUCCAAGGAAACCCUUACAGACACACUCAGAAAUAACGUUUUGCCAGCUCCGGGCAUCUCUUAGCCUGGUCAGUUUGACACAUAGAAUUGACCAUCACAGAAGGCAAGACUUAAAAGAACCGAUUUGAGGCGGUACAGAGUACUUGAUGAGAUGCUGACGAUAACUAACGUUUCUGAGUGCUUGCUGUGUGCCAGGCCUUCUCCUGAGCCUGUUACAUGCACAUCACUAUAUCGUCCCCUCAUCGGCCCUGUGAGGUCACUUCCGAUGCCACCCAGGGAUCAAGUGGUCAGGCUGGGACCUGAGCCAGGCAGCGGCACCCCCAGCAGAGCAGGGGUCCAGGGAGGAGAGGUAUCUGUGUGGGCCCGAGUGGGUAGGAGGGGUGGACCGCAGGAGUUGGAGGUCCUGGGAAGAGCGUCCUCUGGAUUGACUUUGGCAAGUUGUUAUUUUUCUUUCUCUCCCCCUCCUUGCCUUCUCCCCUUUCUUCCUCUUUCCCUUCCUUCCUUUAUCAAAAUAAGUUUAACAAGUGUAACAUAUUUAGAGAGGAGUACACAAAACAUACAGGCCAAGCUGAGAGAAUUGUUGUGCGGAGCACUUAUUAAAACCACCCAGGCUGAGGGGUGGGAAGUCGCCGGCACGCUGGGACCCCUUGUCCCUCCUGCGACCCCUCCUGCUCCCUCCUCCACUGAACGUGACUCAGUGGAGCCUCGUGUUUGGUGUCGGCAUCCCCACUUACGUCUCGUUUAUAGGUUCCCGGUGCUGUUGCCUGUUCAUUGCCGUAUCGCCACUAGGUGCCUGUAGCUCCCCCGCCCCCAGUUGUGACAGCCAAACGUGUUCCCUGCAGGGCUAAGUGCCCCACCCCGGUUGAGAACCACUGCUGUAUAAUAUUUCAUUAUAUGAGUUUAUCCAUUUACCAUUUGGUUUGGACACUUGCCUUGUUUCAGGUUUGGGGGUUUUACAAAUAAUGCUGCACCAGAAAUUCCUGUGCCUGUCUAUGGUAAACAUGCAUAUUUUCCUGUUGGGUGUCUAUUUAAAAAAAUGGAAGUUUCAGGACCUCCUUGGUGGUCCAGUGGUGAAGAAUCCACCUUCCAAUGCAGGGGACAUGGGUUUGAUCCCCGGUUGGGGAACGAAGAUCCCACGUGCCACGGGACCCCUAAGCUGGCGCACCACAACUACUGAGCUUGCGCGCCUCAACGAGAGAGCCUGCGUGCCACAAACUACAGAGCCCACGUGCUCCAGAGUCUGCAUGCUACAACUACAGAGCCCAUGUGCCCUGGGGCCCACGCACCACAACUAGAGAGAGAAAACCCACACGCCACAACUAGAGAGAAGCCCGAGUGCCGCAAAGAAGAGGCUGUGUGCCAUAAGGAAAGGUCCCUCAGGUCGCAACUAAGACCCGACGCAGCCACACCAAUAAGGAAAAUAGAUAAAUAAAAGAAAUAAAUAUUUUUUAAAAAUAAUGGAAGUUUUGAUCCAUGGAAGUGUGUGUCUUCAACUCUAUAGCUUGUGCAGGGCUGUUUUCCAAGAUGGUUGUACCCAGUGUAAAUUUGACCGACAGCAUGUUAGCCUUCUGGCUCCUCUCCAUUCUCACCACCCCUACUACUGUCAGCCUUCUUCACCUUAGCCAGUCUGACGGGGGUUAUUUUAUUGUGUUUUUUUUUCUUUGUAAAUUUAUUUAUUUUAGGCUGCGCUGGGUCUUUGUUGCUGCGCGCGGGCUUUCUCUAGUUGCGGCGAGCAGGGGCUACUCUUCGUGCGGUGCACGGGCUUCUCAUUGCAGUGGCUUCUCUUGUUGCAGAGCAUGGGCUCUAGGCACACAGGCUUCAGUAGUUGUGGCACGUGGGCUCAGUAGCUGUGGCUCGCGGGCUCUAGACCACAGGCUCAGUAGUUGUGGCGCACAGGCUUAGUUGCUCCACGGCAUGUGGGAAUCUUCCCAGACCAGGUCUCAAACCUGUGUUCCCUGCAUUAGCAGGCAGAUUCUUAACCACUGCGCCACUAGGGAAGCCCUAUUUGAUUGUGGUUUUAUUUUAUUAAUUAAAAAAUUUUAUUCCAGUUUUAUUAAGAUGUAGUUGACAUACAGCGCUGUAUAAGUUUAAGGUAUACAGCGUAAUGAUUUGACUUACAUCCAUCAUGAAAUGAUUACAGUAAGUGUAGUGAACAUCCAUCAUCUCAUACAGAUGCAAAAUUAAAGAAAUAGAAAAAAAAAUUUUUCCUUACCAUGAGAACUCUUAGGAAUUUCUCUCUUAACUUCCAUAUAUCGCAUACAGCAGCAUAAAUUAUACUUAUCAUGUUGUACAUUAUAUCCCUAGUACUUAUUUAUCCUAUAACUGGGCGUUUGUACUUUUGACCACCUUCAUCCAAUUCCCCCUUCCUGUACUCCCUGCCUCUGGUA